CAAGGGUGCAAGAGGAUGUGGGUGGUUGAAAGAGAGAUGUGGCCUUUGAUGGAGUUAUUUGCCAAAGAGAGUUUAAUAAGAAAAGUGAGAUUGGCAAAUAUGCCCCAGAUGAAUGUUUGCAAAGAUAUUCAAAUCCCAAAUUUCAUAAGAAAAACCGCAACACAUCUUGGUGUCCAAUGGCCCAGAAUCAUUCUUAGGCGUUGGGCUUUCGAGCUAAGGGUUCUAGUAGGAACUGGUCGGGCUUGUUUUGAGACAUUGAGACCGCUGGCCUACAGUCUUCUUGCUGAGCUUAUUCAUCAUGUCCGAUUGGAUCUGUCUCUUGCACAGUUGUCACGAAUCAUUUACUUGUUUUCGAGAAACAUGCAUGAUUCAUCCUUGCCUCUGAGUGUUCAAACUACUUGCGCUCGGCUAAUGCUGAAUCUGGUGGAACCCAUCUUUAGCAGGGGCAUGGACCAACAAAUCAAGGAAGAAGGAAGGGUUUUACUGGGGCGGAUUUUGGAUGCUUUUGUUGGGAAGUUUGGCACCUUCAAGCGCACCAUUCCUCAGCUACUUGAAGAUGGUGAGGAUGGAAAAGAACGUUGCACGUUAAGAUCGAAGCUUGAACUUCCUGUGCAGGCGGUUCUUAAUUUACAGGGGCCCCUGGAACAUUCCAAGGAAAUUAGUGAUUGUAAACAGCUGAUUAAGACUUUGGUCAUGGGUAUGAAGACACUAGUUUGGAGUAUCACUCAUAUUAGUGCACCACAGGUUCAGGUUUCUCCAUCAUCCAACAUGUCAGUUCCUCAUGGGUCAAAAGGGAUGAGGGAAGAUGAGGUUCGUAUUGCCUCAGGUGUUCUUAAGAGAGGUGUCCAUUGCUUGGCUCUCUUUAAGGAAAAAGAUGAAGAAAAGGACAUGUUGCAACAAUUUUCUCAAAUUUUUGUUGUAAUGGAACCUAGAAACCUCAUGGACAUGUUUGCGAUGUGCCUUCCUCAGCUUUUUGAGUGCAUGGUCAGCAAUAACCAGUUGCUUCAUGUAUUCUCUACCCUUCUGCAAAACCCCAAAAUCCUUUGGCACUUCGUAGAUGUUCUGGUUAAUUUUCUUGUCAGUAGCAAACUUGAUGCUCUUAAACACCCAGAUACUUCUGCUGCGAAGCUUGUUCUGCAAUUGUUUCGGCUUUCAUUUAUAGCUAUUUCCAAGGCUCCUCAAGAUUGUGAACGUGUUUUACAACCACAUGUCUCCGUUAUCAUGGAAUGUUGUGUGAAGAAUGCAACUGAAGUUGAAAAACCACAUGGCUAUUUACAGCUCCUUCGUACUAUGUUUCGAUCAAUCACUGGAGGAAAAUUUGAGCUUUUGUUAAGGGAUUUAAUACCUAUGUUGCAACCAUGCCUUAACAUGUUGUUGGCCAUGGUUGAAGGCCCAACUGGAGAAGAUAUGAGAGAUCUGGUUCUUGAGCUCUGCUUAACUUUACCUGCACGCUUAAGUUCAUUGCUUCCGUACCUUCCUCGUCUUAUGAAACCUCUAGUUUUGUCUCUCAAAGGGAGUGAAGAGUUAGUGGGCUUAGGAUUGCGCACACUUGAAUUUUGGAUUGAUAGUUUAAAUCCAGAUUUCUUGGAACCAAGUAUGGCAAAUGUUAUGUCUGAAGUGAUUUUAGCAUUAUGGUCUCAUUUGAAACCAAAACCCUAUCCUUGGGGUGCAAAAGCUCUACAGCUCCUUGGUAAAUUAGGAGGCCGGAACAGGUGUUUCCUUAAAGAGCCCCUUGCUCUUGAGUGCAAAGAGAAUCCUGAGCAUGGUCUUCGUUUUAUACUCACCUUUGAGCCAUCAACACCUUUCUUGGUCCCUUUAGAUCGAUGCAUACACCUGGCAGUUGCAGCAGUGAUACAUAAUAAUCCUGGUGUUGAUUCCUUUUAUCAAAAGCAUGCGCUCAAGCUCCUUCGUGUGUGUUUAUUGUCAUUGUUGAAUUUGAAAGGGAAUGUAACUGGUGAUGGGGUAACUCCUGGGCUUUUGUCAACAUUGCUAGUUUCAGCUGUGGAUCCUUCCCGCCGCAGGACAGAAGCAUCAGAGUUGAAGGUUGACUUGGGUGUAAAGACCAAGACGCAACUAAUGGCAGAGAAGUCUGUUUUCAAGGUUCUGUUAAUGACCAUUAUUGCAGCUAGUGCAGAACCUGAUCUUCAGGAGCCAGAUGAUGAUUUUGUUGUAAAUGUGUGCCGGCAUUUUGCUAUGAUUUUCCAUUUAGACUAUUCCUCUACAGUAAAUGCACCCAGCACAUCUGGUCAGCAUGGUGUUUCUGUGCUUGCUUCUGCCAGUAACACUAGUUCCAAACCAAGAAGUAGUCCUGGUAACUUGAAAGAGUUAGACCCACUGAUAUUUUUAGAUGCUGUUGUGGAUGUGCUCGCUGAUGAAAACAGAGCCCAUGCCAAAGCUGCCCUUAAUACUUUAAAUAUAUUUUCUGAGACCCUUCUCUUUCUUGCACGUUCAAAACACACUGGUAUAAUGACAUCAAGGGCCGGCCCUGGCACUCCAAUGAUGAUUUCUAGUCCAUCAAUGAAUCCUGUGUACUCACCGCCACCUGGUGUUCGUAUCCCUGUAUUUGAGCAGCUUUUGCCUCGUCUUUUGCACAAUUGUUAUGGAAGUACAUGGCAAGCUCAGAUUGGUGGUGUCAUGGGUCUCGGUGCCUUGGUUGGGAAAGUCACUGUUGAGACUCUCUGCAUUUUCCAAGUGAGGAUUGUUCGUGGUUUGGUCUAUGUUCUCAAGAGGCUUCCUGCACAUGCCAAUAAAGAACAGGAGGAGACAAGUCAAGUGCUCACACAGGUGCUUCGUGCUGUAAACAAUGUUGACGAGGCAAACAGUGAAUCUCGAAGGCAAAGUUUCCAAGGGGUUGUUGAGUUCCUUGCUGCUGAAUUAUUUAAUCCUAGUGCAUCUCUUAUUGUAAGAAAGAAUAUCCAGUCAUGCUUGGCACUGUUGGCUAGUCGAACAGGAAGUGAGGUUUCUGAGUUGCUUGAACCUUUAUAUCCUCCUUUGCUUCAGCCUCUUAUUAUGCGUCCCCUCCGGAGUAAGAAUGCCGAGCAACAGGUUGGAACAGUUAUGGCCUUGAAUUUUUGCCUGGCGUUGAGGCCCCCGCUUUUGAAGUUGACGCCAGAGCUAGUCAAUUUCUUGCAAGAAGCUUUGUUAGUUGCUGAAGCUGAUGAAGCUGUAUGGGUUGGAAAAUUCAUGAAUCCUAAGAUUGCUUUGACUCUAAAUAAGCUUCGGACGGCUUGCAUUGAGCUGCUCUGUACUACCAUGGCCUGGGCCGAUUUUAAGACUCAAAACCAUGCUGAACUUCGUUCAAAGGUCAUUGCAAUGUUCUUUAAAUCACUGACAUGUCGAACACCUGAAAUUGUCACUGUUGCCAAGGAGGGACUUCGGCAGGUUGUUCAGCAACAAAAGUUGCCCAAAGAACUGUUGCAGAGCAGUCUCAGGCCCAUCUUAGUGAAUUUGGCGCACACAAAAAGUCUCACAAUUCCUCUAUUGCAAGGCCUAGCUCGUUUGCUAGAGCUUCUAUCUAGCUGGUUCAAUGUAACACUUGGAAAUAAGUUACUAGAGCACCUAAAAAAAUGGUUAGAGCCUGAAAAACUUGCACAGAGUCAGAAAUCUUGGAAAGCUGGAGAGGAACCAAAGAUAGCAGCUGCCAUCAUAGACCUGUUUCAUCUGCUUCCUCCAGCUGCUGGAAAGUUUCUUGAUGAUCUUGUUGUUCUUACAAUGGAUUUGGAAGGUGCUUUACCCCAGGGACAACUUUACAGUGAGCUUAACAGUCCAUAUCGCCUCCCACUUACUAAAUAUUUAAAUCGUUAUGCAACGGAUGCAGUGCGUUAUUUUCUUGCUCGAUUGAAUCAGCCCAGAUUCUUUAGGCGGUUCUUGCAUAUUGUAUGUUCUGAAGCUGGUCAGCCAUUAAGAGAUGAGCUUGCCAAAUCACCUGAGAAGAUUCUUGCAAGUGCAUUUCCUCAGUUCUUCCCAAAGGUGGAAGAUCCCAUGACCUCAGCUGGUUCCUCUGCUCCCAUGCAUGAUGGCUCUAUAGGUUCUGGGGUUGAAAAUAUUGGUCUUCAAACUCAUGCAAACAUGGGCGAUAUUUCAGAUUCUUAUUUUCAGGGGCUUACUCUAGUGUCAGCAUUGGUAAAAUUGAUGCCCAACUGGUUGCAUGCCAACCGCAUUGUGUUCGAUACCUUAGUCCGUGUUUGGAAAUCCCCUUCAAGACUAGCUCGCUUACAAAAUGAACAGGAUCUGAGUUUGGACCAAGUCAAAGAAAGUAAAAAGCUGGUAAAAUGUUUCCUUAAUUAUUUGAAGCAUGACAAAUCUGAAGUCAGUGUGCUGUUUGACAUGCUAUCAAUCUUCCUAGUGCACACUCGUAUUGACUACACAUUCUUGAAGGAGUUCUAUGUCAUUGAGGUUGCUGAAGGUUAUCCUGCUCUAAUGAAGAAAACGCUUCUUUCACAUUUCUUGCAUUUAUUUCAAGCAAAGGAGCUAGGGCAUGAUCACCUGGUUGUUUCCAUGCAAAUGUUGAUUCUUCCCAUGCUGGCUCAUGCAUUUCAGAAUGGCCAGAGUUGGGACGUCAUUGACCAAACUAUUAUAAAGACAAUUGUGGAAAAGCUUUUAGAUCCCCCAGAAGAGAUAAGUGCCGAAUACGAUGAGCCCCUAAGGAUUGAACUUUUGCAGCUUGCUACGUUACUUUUAAAAUAUAUACAGAAUGAUCUUGUUCAUCACCGAAAAGAGCUAAUUAAAUUUGGGUGGAAUCAUCUGAAACGUGAAGAUAGUGCCAGUAAACAGUGGGCUUUCGUCAAUGUUUGCCACUUCUUGGAUGCUUAUCAGGCGCCAGAGAAAAUUAUUCUCCAGGUAGAAAUUAUUCUCCAGUCAUUAUUGAAAAUGGUCUUUGUUGCCUUUCCCCCAGAUGCGCCAAACACACCUCAAGAUGUGAAGAUAUUGCAUCAAAGGGUUGAGGAUCUCAUUCAGAAGCAUCUUGCUGCGGUGACAGCCCCACAGAUAUCUUUGGAAAUCAGCUCUGCUAAUUCAAUGAUAAGUUUUGCGGUUUUUGUUGUCAGAACCUUGGCAGAAGUGCAGAAGAAUUUCAUUGACCCUUUCAUAUCACCCUUAGUUCGCGUCUUCCAGCGUCUGACCCGGGAUAUGGGGUCUGCUACAAAUUCUCAUCCUAGGCAGGGAAUGAGAAUGGAGCAGGAUUCCACUGCAAAUGCUGCUCGUGCAGUUUCAGAGAUGGGCUCAAUAACUUCUAAUCUCAAAUCCGUUUUGAAACUUAUCAGUGAAAGGGUCAUGCUAAUUCCUGAAUGCAAACGACUGAUAAGCCAUAUCAUACUGUCAAUACUGGCAGAGAAAGGCACAGAUGCCAGUGUGCUUAUCAGCAUUCUCGAUGUGAUAAAAGUUUGGAUUGAGAAUGAUUGUAAACCAUCAGUCGCUGGCUCUUCGAAUGCUGUUCUAAACCAGAAGGACAUAAUUUCCUAUCUUCAGAGGCUUUCUCAGGUUGACAGGCAGAGCUUUCCUCCUGAACUUCUUGAAGAGUGGGAUAGGAAAUAUCUUGAGCUUCUUUAUGCUCUUUGUGCUGAUUCAAGCAAAUAUCCAUUAUCAAUACGGCAAGAAGUGUUUCAGAAGGUGGAAAGGCAGUAUAUGCUUGGUCUUAGAGCAAAAGAUCCAGAAAUUAGACAACAGUUCUUCGCAUUAUAUCAUGAGUCCCUCGGGAAGACCUUGUUUACGAGGCUACAAUUUAUCAUCCAAAUCCAGGACUGGGAAGCUCUGAGUGAUGUAUUUUGGCUUAAACAAGGCCUUGAUCUUUUAUUGGCUAUAUUGGUGGAUAAUGAACCUAUAACUCUUGCUCCAAACUCUGCACGUGUUCCCCCUCUUAUGGCUUCUGGUCCCCUCCCAGAACGCACGGGAUUGCAGCUGCAAAUUUCUGAUGCUCCUGAGGAUCCUGAAGGAGGCCCUCUUUCAUUCAACACAUUAGUUUCUAAGCAUGCAAAUUUUAUGAAUGAUAUGAGCAAGCUACAGGUAUCUGACCUUGUGAUCCCAUUAAGAGAAAUAUCUCAUACUGAUGCAAAUGUCGCAUAUCAUAUGUGGGUAUUGGUAUUCCCUAUUGUGUGGGUUACUCUACACAAGGAAGAGCAGAUGGCACUGGCCAAGCCAAUGACAACCCUCCUGUCAAAGGACUACCAUAUGAAACAGCAGGAGAAGCGACCAAAUGUUGUGCAGGCACUCCUAGAAGGGCUUCAUUUAAGCCAUCCUCAACCUAGACUACCCAGUGAACUCAUCAAAUUUCUUGGAAAGACUUACAAUGCAUGGCAUAUUGCCUUGGCUCUGUUGGAAAGCCAUGUUAUGCUCUUUGUAAAUGAGACACGAUGCUUGGAAGCACUUGCUGAGUUAUAUCGCUUGCUCAACGAGGAGGACAUGAGGUGUGGUUUGUGGAAGAAACGGUCAAUCACUGCAGAAACCAAGGCGGGUCUUUCUUUGGUUCAACAUGGCUAUUGGCAACGUGCGCAAAAUCUCUUUUAUCAGGCAAUGAGCAAGGCAACUCAAGGCACUUACAAUAACACAGUACCAAAAGCAGAAAUGUCUCUUUGGGAAGAACAGUGGGUAUCCUGUGCUCGCCAACUAUGCCAGUGGGAUGUUCUUGUGGACUUCGGCAAAAGUGUGGAUAACUAUGACCUGCUACUCGACUGUCUAUGGAAGACUUCUGAUUGGGCAUAUAUGAAGGACACCGUUCUUCCAAAGGCUCAAGUUGAAGAGACAACGAAAUUCCGGAUAAUUCAGGCUUAUUUUGCUCUGCAUGAUGGGAAUGCCAAUGGCGUGAGUGAGGCUGAUUCUAGGGUUGCGCAAGGGGUAGAUCUUGCAUUGCAGCAAUGGUGGCAAUUGCCCGAAAUGUCAGUUCAGUCCCGCACUCCUCUUCUGCAACAGUUUCAGCAGCUGGUUGAAGUUCAAGAAUCAGCAAAAGUAAUUGUAGAGAUUGGUAAUGGAAGCAAGCAACUUCCUGGGAGUUCAAUGGCUAGUGUUCAUGGUGGAUAUGUGGAUCUCAAAGAUAUACUCGAGACUUGGAGAUUGAGGAUUCCUAAUGAGUGGGAUAAUUUAUCUGUUUGGUAUGACUUGCUCCAGUGGAGGAAUGAAAUGUAUAAUACUGUUAUAGAUGCUUUCAAAGAUUUCACCACCACCAAUCCUCAGCUUCAUCAACUAGGUUACCGUGACAAAGCCUGGAAUGUCAAUAAGCUUGCUCGCAUUGCUCGUAAACAGGGGCUCUAUGAUGUUUGUGUGACGAUUCUGGAAAAAAUGUAUGGUCACUUAACCAUGGAAGUGCAGGAAGCAUUUGUUAAAAUAAGAGAGCAAGCGAAGGCUUAUUUGGAAAUGAAAGAAGAAUGGACCAGCGGUCUUAACUUGAUUAAUGGAACGAAUCUAGAAUACUUUCCUGUUAAGCACAAAGCAGAGAUAUUCCGACUGAAAGGAGAUUUCCUACUGAAGUUGAAUGAUGGGGAGGCUGCUAAUCAAGCAUACUCGAAUGCCCUGACGCUCUAUAAACAUCUACCCAAAGGAUGGAUAAGCUGGGGAAAUUACUGUGACCAGGUUUAUAAAGAAACUCAUGAUGAAAUAUGGUUAGAAUAUGCUGUGAGUUGCUUCCUCCAAGGCAUCAAAUAUGGUGUUUCAAAUUCUAGAAGCCACCUUGCACGUGUUCUCUACCUACGCUUUGAUACUCCAAAUGAACCUGUUGGUAGAGCAUUUGAUAAAUAUUUAGAUCAGAUACCUCACUGGGUAUGGCUUUCCUGGAUACCACAAUUAUUGCUUUCUCUUCAAAGGAUGGAAGCACCUCAUUGCAAGCUCGUUUUGUUGAAAAUAGCAACAGUGUACCCACAGGCUCUGUACUAUUGGUUGCGCACUUAUUUACUGGAACGCCGUGAUGUAGCCAAUAAGUCAGAGACUGGAAGGGGUGUAGCAGCGGGUCAACAACGCAUGCAACAACCACCUGUUUCUGGGGUAAAUUCAGGUCCCCUUAACAUAGCUGAUGGGAGUGCUAGGGCAUCGAAUUCAGGUCCAAACACUUUGACAUCUGAAUCACAAGGGCAACAGGUUCCUCAACCUGGUGUAGCAGGAGUCUCUCAUGAAGGUGGGAAUCCUCAAGGACAGGAGCUGGACAGAUCUGGUGGUGUAGAUGGAAACGUUCAUCCAGGGCAUGAUACAACUAUGGCAAACUCUAAUGUUACUGCUGAUAGUGGCCAAGGUCAAUUUAGGCGCAAUGGUGGGAAUAGUUGGGUGGCUUCUGCUACCAGUGCAUUUGAUGCUGCAAAGGAUGUCAUGGAGGGCCUCAGAAAUAAGCAUGGAAAUUUAGCUAGUGAGCUUGAGGUUUUACUCACAGAAAUUGGUUCAAGGUUUGUUCCUCUACCAGAGGAGAGACUUUUAGCAGUUGUUCAUGCCCUUCUUCAUCGCUGUUACAAAUACCCAACUGCCACUACAGCAGAAGUGCCUCAAGCCCUAAAGAAAGAACUAUCAGGUGUUUGUAGAGCUUGUUUCUCAGCAGACACAGUAAACAAGCACGUGGAUUUUGUGAGAGAAUACAAGCAAGAUUUUGAACGGGACCUUGAUCCAGAAAGUGCAGGGACUUUUCCUCCAACCCUUGCCGAACUGACUGAGCGAUUGAAGCACUGGAAGAAUGUUCUUCAGAGCAAUGUAGAGGACAGGUUUCCUCCUGUUUUGAAGCUUGAAGAGGAGAGCAGACUAUUACGCGAGUUCCACAUUGUGGAUGUUGAGAUUCCGGGACAGUAUUUCACUGACCAAGAGAUAGCACCUGAUCAUACAGUAAAGUUGGACAGGAUUGGGGCUGAUGUUCCCAUAGUUCGUCGGCAUGGGAGCAGUUUCCGCCGUCUUACCCUGCUAGGUUCAGAUGGAUCACAGCGGCAUUUUCUUGUACAGACUUCACUAACCCCAAGUGCUAGAAGUGAUGAGCGCAUUGUGCAGCUCUUCCGUGUCUUGAACAGAAUGUUUGACAAACACAAAGAAUCGAGGCGGCGCCACCUCUGUUUCCACACCCCAAACAUCAUACCAGUUUGGUCUCAGGUGAGGAUGGUAGAGGAUGAUUUGAUGUAUAGCACCUUUCUUGAGGUUUACGAAAUAAACUGUAAUAGAUAUGGUCGUGAGGCCGAUCUUCCAAUUACACGUUUCAAGGAGCGGCUGAAUCAAGCCAUUACAGGCCAGCUCUUACCUGAAGCAGUUGUAGACCUCCGUCUACAUGUAUACAAUGAGAUCACCAAAAGUUACGUCAAUGAGAAUGUUUUCUCUCAGUACAUGUAUAAGACUCUCCCAAGUGGUAACCAUCUGUGGGCUUUCAAAAAGCAGUUUGCUGUCCAGUUAGCUCUCUCAAGCUUCAUGUCUUACAUAUUGCAAAUUGGAGGGAGGUCCCCAAACAAGAUUCUGUUUGCAAAGAACACUGGCAAGAUAUUCCAAAAUGAUUUCCAUCCAGCUUAUGAUGCAAAUGGAAUGAUAGAAUUCAACGAGCCAGUGCCAUUCCGGCUUACCCGGAACUUGCAUUCUUUCUUCUCUCAUUUUGGGGUGGAAGGCCUCAUUGUUUCCGCUAUGUGUGCAGCAGCACAAUCUUUGGUCAUACCCAAGCAAAGCCAGCACUUGUAUUAUCAGUUGGGUAUGUUUUUCCGAGAUGAACUUCUGUCGUGGUCUUGGAGAAGGCCUCUAGGGCUGCCAUCAGUGCCUGCAAUAGUCACACCAGGCAUGAGUUUGUCAGAAUUCGAGCAAAAGGUUACCACAAAUGUGGAGAGUGUCAUCGGUCGUGUCAAAGUAAUAGCUCCUCAAUUCUCGCCUGAAGAGGAUGAGAGUGCAACCGACCCGCCUCAAUCUGUCCAGAGGGGGGUGACCGAUCUGGUAGAAGCUGCACUCUGCCCCAGGAGUUUGUGCAUGAUGGACGCGACAUGGCACCCCUGGUUCUAGGAGGGUCUAUUCUCUUUCUAACGGUCUCUCUCUCUCUUCUCAGCGACACUUUUGAGGUCUGUUGUAUAUAUUUUAAGUCUAACUAAAUGAUGUAUAGAUGACGAAACAUUGAGUCAUUAUUUGUUAAUGGAAGGGGCUGCUGGACUAUUCCCACCCCAAGAAUGAAAUACUUUCAGCAAAAAAUAGGAAUUGUUCAAUUAGAUUAGAGCCUUGUACAUGAUUCAUUUCCAACUGGUUACCUGCAAUGUCCUGAGGCAUAUUUUUGAGCA